AUGCGUUCCGAACAACCUGUUUCAGAGUGCUCACAACAAUCAGACCCUGAGCCCGACCCCGGCAUGCUUUACACUCGCCGUUCUUCGCGGCCACCAACUUCGAGGUCACAAACUCCGACUAGCGUGCACGAUGGUGAGAAAUGCCCGCGAGGUAUGGUGAAUGGCAUUCUUUCGAUGGUUUUGUGCGAACGCCCUGCCCCGAAGGAGCCACAGCAGGUACCAGAGCCUCAGUACCUAGAUCAAGAAGCAACACGAGCAAUUACACAAGCGAAACCCAAAAACAAGAGGGUACCUUCCGACACUGGUAAUACGCUAAUGAAAAGGCCCAAAUGUCUCAAGGAAUUGGAGGAAAUUCCUUUUCACAGUAAGUACGCCGACGUUCCUAUUAGUGGAUUCCACACACCCAUACGUUUCAUAGUUGGUUUUGCCAAAUUCAUGGUGGAAUUGGCAGAUAUCGAAACGUUGAAGAUGAUUUGCACCAAGGCCCUGGAGAACAGCCGCCCAGACUCAAUACUUCGAGAACUGAUUAUAGGCGAGACCGAGAACAUACGCGUUCAUUCUCAAUCUGACUUAAACAGAGAAAAGACUAUGAUUAUCUCUGCGGCCCGCCGCAAGGUGGAUCAUUUAGUGCAUACGGCUAUCGAGAAUAACGAUAGCAAGGCCAACUGCAAGGAUUGGCCUACGACUUUGCUCCCCUUUCUAGAUCGCAUUAGAAACUUGAAUGAUUUUUCACCACUUGCCGGAGGACCCGAGAAGGCUUAG